AUGGUAAGCCUCUGUUCAGCGUUGCGAGAUCCACACUGCAGUGAUGAUGAUUAUAUUAAAUUUAAGAAGCAAAAACGUCAAUAUAAAGAUGAAAAGAAACGAGUGGCACAAGAGUUGUUGGCCUCAUUACGUGAUCCGACCGUAGUGGUUAUGGCUGAUUGGCUCAAAGUUCGUGGCACGUUAAAAAAAUGGAAUCGUUAUUACUGUGUGCUAAAACCCGGACUGAUGCUCAUCUAUAAGAGUAAUAAAAUUGAAAAGUCAGGACAUUGGGUUGGUACGAUCCUGCUUAAUACAUGUGAACUCAUUGAACGUCCGUCAAAAAAACUUGGAUUUUGUUUCAAAUUAUAUCAUCCACUGGAUCAAAGUAUUUGGGCGACUCCUGGACCAUUAGGUGAAAGUCAUGGAGCACCCACCCUACAGCCUCUGCCGACAGCUCAUCUCAUUUGUCGUGCUCCAUCUGAACAGGCUGGCGGUUGUUGGAUGGACGCGCUCAGUCUAACAUUGCGUUGCAGUGGUUUAUUGAUGCGAACAAUGCAUAGGUUAUCCGAUAAACGAGAAGAAGGAGGAAUAACUCAGAAGGACUCAGAUUCGGUUAAUGAAAUAAUUGAUGCAGAUGCCCUCGAAGUAUCAGCGCCACCUGAAGUGGUCAUUUCAGAAACGGAAGCUGAGAAACAUUUCGAUGGUUUGGAUGAUGAUAACGAUAAUGACAAUAAUUUGCCAUCAGAAAAUGAUGCAGUUACGGUUGAAAUGGAAAAAGGCAGUACCUACAAACAGUCUGAGCCUGAACAGUUAGGUGCGUUAAUGGAUAGUGUUCAAACAGAGGAUAUGGGUGAUGAAAAUAAAAGUUUGGUAUGGAGUUUAUUGAAGCAAGUACGUCCUGGUAUGGAUCUAUCGAAAGUGACUCUGCCAACGUUUAUACUUGAACCACGAUCGUUUCUUGAGAAAUUGGCUGAUUUUUAUUAUCAUGUCGAUUUAUUGAAAGAUGCGGCAGCAGAGGACGAUCCACUGGAGAGAAUGACAAAAGUGAUUAAAUUCUAUCUGAGUGGUUUCUAUAAGAAGCCAAAAGGUUUGAAGAAGCCAUACAAUCCAAUAUUGGGUGAAGUAUUUCGUUGCAAAUGGCAACAUCCUGAUGGUUCGACGACAUUUUAUGUAGCUGAACAGGUUUCGCAUCAUCCGCCAAUUUCAUCAAUUUUCGUCACAAAUCGCCGUGCUGGUUUCAAUAUCUCGGGAACAAUUUUAGCAAAGAGUAAAUAUUAUGGCAAUAGUUUAUCAGCAAUGAUGCUUGGAUCAAUUCGGAUUGUUUUAUUGGCUCGUGGUGAGACGUAUACGGUAACGUUACCAUAUGCCAAUUGCAAAGGUAUCAUGAUUGGUACACUCUCGAUGGAAUACGGUGGACAGGUGAAAAUAGAAUGCAAUCGAACCGCGUACGAAUGUACGAUUGAUUUCAAAUUGAAACCGUUUUUGGGGGGAACAAUGAACGUUAUUAAUGGCAGUAUUAAACUCGGUAAAGAAGUUUUAACGCAAAUCAGUGGUACAUGGGAUGGUGAAAUUAGUACAGUGCAGCCACAAAAUGGCAAAAAGAGUAUUUUGUGGGCGCCAACAAAAGAGGUAAUCAAACAACGUUUACAACGAUAUGAAAUUCCAUUGGAGACGCAGGGAGAGUGGGAAUCAAAAAAAUUGUGGCUGAAGGUAAGUGAAGCGAUAGCGAACGACGAUCAACAAGCAGCCACAGAAGAGAAGACGAUAUUGGAGGAUGCGCAACGCGCUCGUGCUAAAGCAAAUCAGCAUUAUGAGCCAAAACUUUUCAGAUUUGAUUCAUUAAGCAAGACUUAUGAAUAUCUUUAUGCUGAUUAUCGUCCAUGGGAUACGCAUAAUGACGUGAAGCAAGUUGAGUUUGAUUUUAUAAUUCGUACAACCACAAAACACGGUACAUUUGCACGCUCAACUGAACCGAUAGCAUCAAAGCCAAAUUCGAAACAGUCGUCAUCAAUUCAACCAGAGGAUCGAUCUGAUGAUUCGGAAUCCACGAUUGCAUCUAAUCAUCAUCGAAGACGUAGUAAAAAGCGGCCCAUGAUUGGUGCAGGUGUUGCUGGAGCAGUAGGAUAUGAUGACGAUAGAUUGCAACAAAUUCAGGAUACACUCGAUCGGUCAAUUCAAGUUUUGAAGCGUCUAGAAAAUCGCAUUGACGAUAAUGAGAACACCAUCUCGAAACGGUUUCUAAUUACAUUCGCUGUAAUGACCAUUUUACAGUCGUUGUUAUUACCGUGGCUGUUCAGUUUCCGAAGUUGA